UCUGACGUAGUGUGCUUUGUCACAGUCUCGCUCCUCAGCCGUGGUUUUUUGUCGAGGCUGCGCGAGCCGCUAACACCCGUGUGUCAAAUGAAGAUGGCCGCAGGUCCUCUUUCUGUAUCUUCUAACACAUCCAACAACGAUGGCAUUCUCAUCGGAGACAAACUGUAUGCGGAGGUGUACCUGACGAUAGACAACUCGGUGAUACCGGAGGAAAGGCUAUCACCAACACCGUCUAUGCUCGACGGCCUCGACCUGAACACCGAAACCGACCUCCGUAUCCUCGGCUGCGAACUGAUUCAGUCGGCGGGUAUUCUCCUCCGGUUACCCCAGGUGGCCAUGGCAACGGGACAGGUCCUUUUCCAUCGUUUCUUCUACUCCAAAUCCUUCGUGAAGCACAGUUUCGAGAUAGUUGCUAUGGCUUGUAUCAACCUGGCGUCUAAGAUCGAAGAAGCGCCACGGCGAAUACGAGACGUCAUCAAUGUCUUUCAUCACCUCAGACAGCUAAGAGGCAAAAAGACUCCAAGUCCAUUGAUACUUGAUCAGAACUACAUAAAUACCAAAAACCAAGUCAUCAAAGCGGAACGACGAGUCUUGAAGGAGCUGGGCUUCUGUGUGCAUGUCAAGCAUCCGCACAAGAUUGUGGUCAUGUACCUUCAGUUCCUGGAAUGUGAGAAGAACCAGACACUCGUCCAAACGGCCUGGAACUACAUGAACGAUAGCUUGAGGACGAAUGUGUUUGUGAGGUUCCAGCCUGAAACCAUCGCCUGUGCCUGCAUGUACCUCGCUGCCCGGGCUCUGCAGAUUCCCCUGCCAUCCAGACCACAUUGGUAUUUACUGUUUGGAGCCACUGAAGAAGAGAUUAAAGAGAUCUGCAUUACUACCCUGAGACUCUACACCAGGAAGAAGCCGAAUUAUGAGCAGCUUGAGAAGGAGGUGGAGCGGCGGAAGGUGUUCUUGGCAGAGGCCAAGCUAAAGGCAAAGGGCCUGAACCCUGACGGCACGCCGGCCCUGACCGGCAUCGGCGGCUUCUCUCCCGCCUCCAAGCCCUGCUCGCCAAACGUGGUUAAAGUGGAGGAGAAAUCGCCCAACCCCCAGACCAUCAAAGCGGUGAAGAAGGAGCCCGACAGCCGCACUCAGGUCAACAAGAGUCCACAUAACGGGCUGAGGAAAGAAGGGAAGAUGGGAAGGACCAGUAGGAGCGGAAGUCGAUCCCGUUCACGGACACGAUCGCGGUCGAGAUCUCCCUCUCAUCGCAGACAUUACAACAGCAGACGCAGCCGCUCAGGAACGUACAGCUCGCGCUCUCGCUCGCGCUCUCACAGUCGCAGCCCGCUGCCUCACCGGCACCCGCCGUCGCCCCUCCUCCCUCACCUCAAGUCCAAGGCCAGUCACCAUGGCAACAGCGACUCCAAACUCAGCGGGCGCCACAGCAACAGCGGGGGAGGCGGUUCCGGUCACAAGAGGAAGCGCUCCCGGUCUCGAUCCCGCACGCCCGUCAAAGCUGACAGGGAGCGGGAGAGGGAGCGGGACAGGGAGAGAGACCGCUCCUUUGACUUCCCAAAGAAACACAAACACGAGCGGGGAGGCGGCCAUCGCGACCGGAGGGAGAGGUCUCGCUCUUACGAAAGGGACAGGGAUCGUAGCCACAAGAGCAAACACCACAGCAGCAGUGGACACUCAGGACACGGCCGCCACCGGCGCUGACACACACACAUCCCCGGGGCUGACGGCCGCUCUCCUUUGACACAGAGCAGAAUCAGUUGGACACGUUCUCUUAAUUAUGUUGACCAGAAAGAUGCUCGGUCUGCCCAUUUGAUAUUUAUGUUAGCAAAUAGGAAAUGGAGAGGUAACCAAAUGUUUUUUGCCAGAGUGCGUCUCUUGUUGCAGGAAAUCCAGGAAAAACUGUAGCAAACUGAUGCAAUUAAACUAGUUUACCUUGACCGGGAGAACAUGUCAAGUUUGUAUUUUCUUAUAUUACAGCUUCCCUCCUAUACAAAUAAUACGAGGUUCUGGCUUCAGACAUUUGUAUCGUUCCAUUUAAAUUCCAACAAAGGUUAGAAGAAAACAUGAAAAACUUUUUCUUUUGGUCCAGUUAAACAUCCUUUAGCGCUCAGAGGCCCGGGUCCUAAAUGCAGCAUCUGCACGGACAGAUAACCUGAGUACGUUCUGCUGGUCAAAGGCAGCCCUGCGUCUGUAGGAGGAGAUCCCUGCUGGUCGGCCUGGUGAAGAUGACUCCAGGGCGGGGAUGAAGGCAGCCGUGUGACAUCAGCCCCCCCGGGCCGGUCCUCUCGUCUCCCCCGGCCCCACUCCCUCACCUGAUCUUGUUUUUAGUUUUUCUAUGUAAAGUUACACAUUUUUGGAAGAAAAUAAAUUUAUUUACAGUGUAAAGCUUUGAUAUCCACUGACGAAAUGUGACCGCUUUGAUUUAUAGAAGCGACCUGUACAGUGGAAGGAUCGAACGAGUAAAUGUAAAAUAAAUGUUGUUCAGGAAAGAUAAGUUUGCACAUUGCAGGACUAGUGGGCGGUUGUUUUUCCUCGUUUCCUUUUUAUUUGACAUUUAUGUUGCUUACAGACAGACUGGUGACUUUAGUCUUGCUCUUUCCAAAUGGGGCAAAGGAGACAAGAAUUGAAUUAUAUUUUAGGGUUGUCAAAUUUGUUACACUGGUUUUUAGUGUGCACGUCUUCAUGUCCAGUUUUUAUUCAUGAAUAAAUGAGGAAUGCCACUGA